GCUGUGUGAUUAAUGGUUCUAAAAAACAUUCAAUUCUGUAUUCACAAUUCUGCAUUUUUUUCUUAAAUUGCAUAAAAUUCAAAUGGUAUAAACUUUAGGCUCACAAAGCCUGGAAACGUCUGGGUAUACUAGCAAUUCAACGUGGAGUGAACAACUAGUCUAUGAAAAUCCAAAUCUAGAGUUCUCACUGUCACUCCUGGAACACCUGAGACUUAGUCCGGGGAGAGGAGUGGAAGCGAUACGGACGCCCAAGGCGCACAAGAACCGGAACAAACUCUCCUCUGUCCAGGGGCGUGGAGUUGACACACGCAAAGGCCACGGUGCGUUUCGGUCUUCUAAGAGCCGUGGGAAAUCGAGAGCAAGCUUCAAGCAGGGGAGGAAGUACUUAGGAUGAGGAGGCAAGUGUGUGAGCAGGGAGACCACUUAGCAGGGGGUAAACGGUGAUACCUUGCAUCAGGGUGAUGGUUCUUCAGGACUCCCACCGAUUUGUGUAGAAUCAUCCUGAGUGCUUCUGGGCAUCCGAAGUGUGCAAGGAAUGACAGGUUCCUUGGCUUCCCCAGCAAUCCCUGCUCAGUCGGUUGACUCCCGAGUCUGCAGCCAAGUGCUAUAAACCCCCCGGUGUUGGCGGGGGGCACUUCUUGCAUCCUCUCAGCUUUCCGAUUAAUCAUUUAGGUGGGAAACCGAAGCCUACUCAGGUAAAAAGAUACGUGAACUCCAGGUCAGGAUCACAGUCCUGCUCUAAAUAUAUGACAUUCUUUCCCCUGCAGGCGGCAAGGGUGAGGGGGGCUGGGUAAAAACAAAUUAUUUUCAUUCAGUCACUGUUUCCUAGCAACCAAAAAAAAAAAAAAAAAGCAUUUGCUUUCCUGAUGUCUGUGAGCACCAGCCCAAGCCCAUGAUGUUCGGUGCUCCAGCACGCCUCCAGAAGCAGGGAGAGAACAAAAGCUCCGGAAUCGGUCUCUGGUUGGCACACUAUGACUUGGCCAUCAAUGUUGCUUUGCAAUGGCUGGAUCACUCAGAAGACUUAACUUGGCUGGAGUGGGAAAAAGUGAAAAUGCCAUUUCAUGACGGACCUGUUUAUCCAAACCGGAAAGAAAGAGAAGCAAUGAUUUUAUCAUCUUAUGCUGGAAUCCUAAUGAACAGUAUCCCAAUUGAGGAAGUCUUUAAAAUGUAUGGAGCUGAUUCUUCUACCAAUUCUGGGGCUACUAAGGUACCCCGAGCUCCACCUCUCCGCCUCUCCCUGCAUCCCUUUGCCAUGUUAACAGCACCCAAAGCAGCAGAAUACGCCCACAAACAGAGUGUCAAGUUAAGAAGGGGACCAACAAAUAAAAAUGUCACCAGCAGCUCUGCAAGGGAAGCAAAUGCCACAGCGUGGAAAUCAUCAAAAAAUGUAUCUUUGGACACCCAGCCGAAGAACAAAGUCACUUAGAAACUUGGAAUUGCACCAUGGAAGUUCAUAAUAAAGUCUCUGGAAGAGGAAAAGAAACAUCAUCUUAACACUGCAACUCUUGCCAGCACAUUUUUCCAGUUAGCUUGUGGUGCAAAGUUAAUCGAAGUGUUACUUUGGAUGUUGGGCUUUCUUCUCUUAGACUCCUAUUGUGUGGCUAUAUUGUGUUGUUGUUGUUUUUCAAGUGUAUGUCCUGUGCUACUUCAUUGUAACUGGAAGACUGCUAGUUGGAGACUUUUGAGAAUAUGUUGUAUUUUAUGUGAGAGCAGACAGGCUUUGCAGCACAUUUCCCAAAUGUUUAGCACUGAAUCUUGCAGAGUGGUGGAGUCUGAGGCAGUUUCCCAAAGUUUCGAUCCAAAAUAAAAUGAAUCUGUCAUUCAUUGCCCUUACUACGUUCUCACAUGGAAACAUUUAAAAUCAUUUCAAUAAAGCAUUAAAGG